GCCGGGGAAAGGAGGCCCCAGCCCAGAGUGCAGCCAGCGGCCGCAGGGAGAGCAGGCAGCGCGGUCGGGGAUCAUGGGGGAGAGCGCGCUGGAUCCGGGGCCUGUGUCCGCAGCGCCGGCGGGGGGCCCGGUGCACGCCCUGACGGUGGUGACCCUGUUGGAGAAGCUGGCCACCAUGCUGGAGGCGCUGCGGGAGCGGCAGGGGGGCCUGGCUCGGAGGCAGGGCGGCCUAGCGGGCUCGGUGCGCCGCAUCCAGAGCGGCCUGGGCGCGCUGAGCCGCAGUCACGACACGACGAGCAACACGCUGGCGCAGCUGCUAGCCAAGGCGGAGCGCGUGGGCUCGCACGCGGAUGCUGCGCAGGAGCGCGCCGUGCGCCGCGCCGCCCAGGUGCAGCGGCUGGAGGCAAACCACGGGCUGCUGGUGGCGCGCGGGAAGCUCCACGUCCUGCUCUUCAAGGAGGAGGCUGAAAUCCCAGCCAGCGCCUUCCAGAAGGCGCCUGAGCCCCUAGGCCCAGCGGACCAGUCCGAGCUCGGCCCAGAGCAGCCCGAGGCCGAAGUUGAGGAGAGCUCGGACGAGGAGCCGGUGGAGUCCAGGGCCCGGCGGCUGCGGCGCACCGGGUUGCAGAAGGUACAGAGCCUGCGGAGGGCCCUGUCUGGCCGGAAAGGCCCUGGAGCACCAACGCCCACGCCGGUCAAGCCACCGCGCCUCGGGCCUGGCCGGAGCACUGAUGGCCAGCCGGAAGCCCGGCCUGCGCUGGAGCCCAAGCCGGAAUCAGAACCUCCACAGGACACCGAGGAAGACCCCGGGAGGCCUGCGGCUGCCGAAGCCGCGGUGCUGCAAAUAGAGAGUGCGGCCUAAGGGCUGGCGCUGCCUGCCUUUCCUGUGCCUGGUCCCAAAAUAAAUCUCCCUCUCAGAAUGCAGCAUUCACGCCCAAAUAAGGAGUGAAUCCUGCACCCACAGCCCAGCUCUGGCCUUUCCCAGCUCCUUCAGGCUAGCGUGUGUCCCCUGAAAGGAGCAGCCUCUUGCACCUGCUUGCACUCACCGUCAAUAAAAGUCAUGCCACCUAAUCCGGACUCCAUGUGAAGGGGUGGGAGGAAAAGGCUUGCAAGGCCUAAGAUAGAUGUUAGAACCUGGAAUGUGGUUUCAGUUUCAAAAAGAGCACUGUGUCAUUUCUCAGAUUCCCAGUGAAUCUUGGGCUCUGAUUAGUGGCACAUAGAAAUACCCUGGUGGCCACUUGUGUCUGGAGCACUUUACUCACAGAGAAGCAUCCAGUAUAGUCUCUUGCUGUCGGUGCUCAGUAAAUGUCAACAGGUGGUUUUCCUCUUAGUUUCUCCUUCCUCUUCCACCUCUUAAUGGGUUUUCCUCUGUUCUCAGCCCUCUUCUCAUUCUGGGUACUCCUCUGUGAACAUUUACUCUCCGGCCUUUCCCAACAGCCACACACACUGUCCUGAGUUGCAGUUGAAAUGUACCUCUACUCAGUCUGUCCAAAGCAAGCAAUCUACCUUUUGAGUCCAAUUUCAAUUUUAUAGAUAUUUAUUGAGCACUUACUAUGUAUCAUUUGAAAUUGCUCCUCCUCUUGUGUUUUCUUUACCAAGGAGUGGCACCAUCGUCCACACAGAAACCUGGGAGUCCUCCCUGGCUCCUCCAUCUCUCACUCCCCUCCCUCUCGGAAACAGUUAUCCUAUUGCUUUGACCUCUGCAGUCUGACCACUUUUUAAAGACCUUAUCUUUCACCCGACUAUUAUUUGAACUGCCAAUCUGAUCCCAUCAUCCUCCUGAUUCACACCCUUCAGUGGCUCCCCAUCACCUUCAGAAUAAAGUGAGUUCUUGAAUAUUCCUUCAACAUCUUUAACAUAACCUUUCACUAUCUGGCUUCUGCCCAUUUUUGUAGCCUCGCCGCUUGCCACUUUCCCUCAUUCUACUAUUGAAUUACACUGAGCUGUGUGCUGUCAUUCUCAUCUUUACUCUCCCGCAAAAUCCAGCAAGGGAACCCUGUUUCAGGCCCAGGUGCUUCUCUUCCUUGCUCCCAAAGCACCACCUAUACACCGCAGUACUAACUGUGCUGACUGUGAUUGUUUGCCAUUACUCUCCCCAUGCCACACUAGACUGCGGCUCCUCUGCUGUUUUGUUAAUUUAUUAAUUUCUGUAUUUCCCACACCACAUACCAUGCCUGGCCCACAGUAGGCCCUCAUGAAGCAAGAGCAUCCCAGGAGAAGUGAGAAGUGUGAGGGGAUUAGCUAGGGAUGGGAGCCUGGUCAUCAGCCCAUUCAUUCAGUUACUGUCAUAUAACAACAUUUUGAGUGCCUAAUGUAUUCCAGGCCCUCUCCUAGGUCUUGUGAACACCAAGAUGACAAUCCUGAGGCCUUCCAAGGACUUCAGAGCUUGGGGAGAUACAAACAUGAAUGAUGUAAAUGUAGUGAUUGUUAUACAUACGUUAUUUUGAGAGGAAAGACAGAAGGGACACAACCUAACCUGCAGGAGGAGAAGUGGGGGGAUGUUUAACGCAGUGUUCUUGGAAAAGGUAAAUAGUGGGAUGGGAAACAGAAAUGGUGAGUGGCAGGAGAGCUCAGUGGUUAUGGUUUGGCUUCUCAGUUCCUUCAUCUAUUAAAUGGGAUAAUGAGAGCCCCUAUUGGGCUGCUGUGAGGGUUAAGUUACAUAUGUGUCUAGCACAGUGCCUGGAGCAGAGCUUGUUUCAUUCAUCCAGUUACUCAACAAAUAUUUCCUGAGCUUGGAGUUUCGGCCAGGCACUGUUUUAAGAACUGGGGAUACAGUGGCACAUAAAAAAGACAAGAUCCCUGCUUUUGUGGAUUAUGUAGGGGGAGACCAGCCAUAAACGAGUAUACCUAUGAGACAGAUAAAAACAUGCAAACAUAUGAACUAGAAGGGCUUUCUGGUUAUGGGCUCUGAAGGAAAAAAAGGAGUAAGGAUACAGAUGAUGACAGGGCAGGGGAAUACUUUAGAUGAGGAAGUUGGGGAUUUAAAAUGGGAGCAGAUGGGUCAUGAUCUCGGGGUCCUGGGAACCGCUCACGGUAGGUCUCCACACUCAGUGGGGAGUCUGCUUCUCCCC